AUGCGUAUCCCUUCGGCGGCACUCCUAGCGUCGAUAUUGCUCGCAAUAUCAGCAAAAGCCCGCUUUGUCAUAUACGCAGACGAAUGGCACCCGAUGCGUCCCACCAACCCACAAGAUCAAGCCGGCAUCGACCAUGUCAUCCUUGCCUUUGCCCCAUCCAACGCAACAGCUACGUUUCAGCCCAAAGUCCCUAUACACACCAUACGCACCGAGUUGCCCAACGCAGAGGUCAUGAUUGCUGUUGGCGGCUGGGGCGAUACGGCUGGUUUCUGUCAAACCACGAAGUCAGACGCAUCAAUGUAUGCGUUUGCCGCUGACAUUGCCAAUAUGCUUGCCAGGACUGGAGCGGAUGGAGUCGGUGAUCAACUUGGAUCAGACUUACCAGAUCGCCGCAUUUCCCAAGUUGCUCUCAGCUAUCCGUGCUGCUAUUGGGAAGAAGCUUCUUUCGAUCGCUGUGCCAGGAAAAGAAGGCCAGUCAUUAGCCACAUCUCUGAGAAGAGUCAACUAACGAGUAGUAGUCGACAUGCUUGGACACACACGAACAACCGGACCUCAGAUCUGGCCAUCCGUCGACUUGAUCAACUAACCAAACAUCACAGCUCCGUCGCCGUCGCCGUCGCCGAAGCCACCAUGAAAGAUUACCUCGCCAUGGGCGCACCACCCUCCAAGCUCAACCUCGGCUUCGCAUACUACGCAAAAUACUUCACCACGCAAGACGACUGCAGUGUCAGCCCACUCAACUGUCCCAUCGCCCUAGCCGAAGAUGUCUGGGGUAAAGACACUCUUACGUCUGGCGCCUGGACCUUGGAAAGUUUCCACAUGCAUCCCGUUGACACUUCCGCACUGACUGUAUCUCGAGACAGCUCCUGCGGCCCAGAAAAGGGAACGAAAUGCGCAACAGGCUGUUGUUCUCAACACGGCCACUGUGGUACUUCCCACGAACACUGCAACAGCGCUUGUCAACACGCGUUUGGAACGGGAUGUACAGACGCAGAUGUAGCAGGGUCGUGGCAACUCGCUGCUAGACAUGGUGUUACUGAUGAAGCAGCCGGUGGACAAUACUUCUCCGAUGCUCAGAACCGGCUUUUCUGGACUCGGGACACACCGGAACUUAUCACAAGAAAAUUUGACAACAUCGUCUGCAAGUACAAGCUCGGUGGCGUCAUGGCAUGGAGUCUAGAAUGCUUGGGCGAGAAUGGUGGCCUGACUUGGUGUCCGCAAUCCUAUACCGACGAAGCCCUAUCAAUACAAUCUGAGCCCGACGCAGCCGCACUCCAGACCCCGUCGCCAAUGCGUCAAAACCCCAUUGACGUUAUGACCACGGCGGACAUGGAAGCUUCCACUGCUAUUCAGUUCGUGCCAGUUGCCGCUAUCAAGACUGGAUUCACUACGCAUAUCGGUAUUACCCAGGCGCAGGAGAGUGAGUUUCCUGGUGGAUCUUACGGUAUGCGUAGGCGAGUGAGGGCACACAAAGCGUGA